CAUCGUCCAUUUCGUUUUUGGACAGCAUCAAGAGAGGUUCAGUUUGCUCAGAGUUUGUUGUGUCCUGAUUUACCUAGUUAUUUAAAAGUUGAAAUUUUAAAGUGCAAUGUGCAGCAGUUAAUAAGAAAUGGUUCGUCAUCAGGACCAAAGUUUAAUAGAAAUUUUAAUGCAGACUAGUAACUAUGCUCUGCAACGAUGACGACUCAUCUGCUCAGGCAGUCAAACAAGGUGCCUUCGAUUUGGGUGACGUUGCCACGAAAACGCCAAAAACGCUGACCGACGAUGAAAAGCUUCGUCUGCAGGAGCAGAACAAACGGAUGAUAUCCGAUUUCCAAGCGAGAAAACUGGAGCUGGAAGCCCGAAAACAUUGGGACCUGUUCUACAAGCGGAAUGAAACGCGAUUUUUCAAAGAUCGGCACUGGACAACACGCGAGUUUGAAGAGCUGCUGGUUGGAUCUUCCCCUGGUAACGACGGUACUGGAAAUAG